AUGCAGGACAUCUCUGAGCAGCAACGGCGAGCUUCCUGCUGGGAUGGCUACCACACAGAGGACCGGUGCUGCUUUGGACUGGUGGAGCCUCCGAAGAUCCGACUUUCGGUGCCACGGUCCGCCCCUGCGGCGCAGUGCCUGAUGGCCAUGGUGGGGAGGCCGUUGAAUCUUUCUGAUGGCUCUGCGGCUUGCGACGGCCGGUACUUCUACGUAGCCACCCUGGGCCAACUACGCCUUCGGAUGGACUAUGUGGCUUCUGGCCUGCCGUGGUUCCUGGUGCCGAGCAGGCUUUCUGCCGGUUGGGGGGACUAUGUGGCCCGAUUUGGUCCCACAGGGGUGCACGACCACCGGGUUGUGGGUGGACUUUGCCUGCCAGCGGCCUGCGAUGUGCGCACGGCGGCUUCGCACCUCGUGCCACUGGUGGCGCCCUGGUGGCGCCUGGAGCCGCAACCGCUCGCGCCGUUGAACGAGACGCACGUUUGGCUGCCAGCACCGCUGGCAGUGGACCAUGAGCUUUUUCCAAGCCACGGAUUCAUGUCGAUGUGGGUGUCGAAGCGCUCAUGUCAGGGAUCGCAGCAGGUCUUCUGCAGCCACUCCUGGCAGUUCGCACUGCAAGAGUACCAUCCUCAUCUCCGUGCAGACCCGCUUUUCGUGGCCUGGGUUGUGGCCCAAAUUUCAGCCGCAAUGUGGUUCUAUUCGAAGAGGAUGGCUCUGAGCAGUGUGUUGGCGGCGGCUGGGAAGCCCAGGGGGUCACUGCGAGCGGAUGUGCUGCGAAUUUCGCUGACCGCCACCGUGAUUUGGAUGCACACUUUCUCUCAUGGGAGCUGGCUACCUCUUGAGAAGCGCAGUGAUGCAUACUGGCUUGGCCACUCGACGGAUGUGGCGAUGAAGGUGAACGCCGCAUUCCUCCUUCUCUCCGGCCAUUUGCGAAGCCGGCCAAGAAGCCAGUGGGAUUUUCGAACCCCAAGGCGCAUUGGCGUGAAAGUCGCGGAAGCCCUUCGACACGUCUGGCGACGGUGGCUGCGGGUCGGUCCUCUUCUUGGUGCAUGGACUCUGGUUUACCUCUUCGGCUUCGUCAGAUGCAUUCCGAUGAAUAACACCAUCAAGAGCAGUGGUCUGCACACAUGGUUCUCCGAGAGACGCGAAGAGUGUUCCGUACCAAGCCACUGGGCGAUGACCUGCCUGAUGCUCCAUGAGACUCUCACAGGACGCCCCUCUCCCUGUCACAAUGCCGACAUUUUCGAGACUCUUUUUCUGCUGGAUGUCGUGACGUUCACAAUCUCCCAGGCAAGUGAUGGGCUCUGCUGGCUGCUUCUCCCGGCGUCCCUUCUGUGGCGCAGCCAGCAGAUCCUGGGCGCUGGGGAGGAACGCUGGGUCCUGGCCUACCGGCAUCGUUUCGCCAUGCUCCUGCCUGUAGCGCUGCUGGCACCUGCACUCCGCAUCUUCUUGGGUGGAGUGGUGGGCGGAGGUCCGGUCCGUGUAGGCCUUCUUCGCUUCCUUGGCGUACUUCUCAUCACAGGCUCCUGCAUACAGGAUGCCCUGAGCUACGGCACGACCGACUGGCCAGAGCCCUUCCUGCGCCUGGCUCUGAGCCUCCAAGGCUUGAAAGCCUUCCAAGAAACCUCGGUCUUCCACGUUUCGGAGCUGCUUUUCGUGAUCGGUUUCCAGCUGCUCUUACGCGAGUCUGCAGCUCCUGCAGGGCCUGCUGCGGGGUGCCAGUGGUCUUGGAUCUCUGCUCUGGCGCGGCUCAGCCUCGGCAUGAACUUGUCCAAUCUCUUUGUCUUCCACUUCAUUGCCGGCUUCUAUCUUCAAGAGCCGCAAGCUCUUACGCCGACCUCGGCCCUGCUGAGCUUCGCCGCAGUCUAUGCCAUCUCCGCGAUGUUGGCCCUCCUGGCGAUGGUGGCCGUUGAGAUUCCGGCGAUGACACUCCUCAGCUGCGCA